CCCCGGAAAUCUCGCGAGAUUGUUCGAGGGACUAAAUUCAGGGAACAUGGCGACGUCUAAUUUGCUAAAGAACAAAGGCUCCCUCCAGUUCGAGGACAAGUGGGACUUGAUGCGUCCCAUCGUCCUGAAGCUGCUCCGCCAAGAGUCAGUCACCAAACAGCAGUGGUUCGACCUCUUCUCAGACGUCCAUGCAGUAUGCCUAUGGGAUGACAAGGGGCCGGCCAAGAUCCACCAGGCCCUGAAAGAGGACAUCCUAGACUUCAUCAAGCAAGCACAAGCGCGGGUGUUGAGCCACCAGGAUGACACGGCGCUGCUGAAGGCCUACAUCGUGGAGUGGAGGAAGUUCUUCACGCAGUGCGACAUCCUGCCCAAACCCUUCUGCCAGCUGGAGAUCACACUCAUGGGCAAACAGGGCAGCAACAAGAAGUCUAACGUAGAGGACAGCAUCGUACGGAAGCUCAUGCUGGACACGUGGAACGAGUCCAUCUUCUCCAACAUCAAGAAUAGGCUGCAGGACAGCGCCAUGAAGCUAGUGCACGCCGAGCGCCUGGGGGAGGCCUUCGACUCUCAGCUGGUCAUUGGCGUCAGGGAGUCCUACGUGAACCUGUGCUCAAACCCGGACGACAAGUUGCAGAUUUACAGAGAUAACUUUGAGAAGGCCUACAUGGACUCCACCGAGAGGUUCUACAGAACACAGGCCCCCUCCUACCUGCAGCAGAAUGGAGUCCAGAACUACAUGAAAUACGCAGAUGCCAAGUUGAGAGAGGAGGAGAAACGGGCGCUGCGCUACUUGGAGACGAGACGGGAAUGUAACUCUGUACAAGCACUGAUGGAGUGUUGCGUGAACGCCCUGGUGACGUCCUUCAAGGAGACCAUCUUGGCCGAGUGUCCAGGCAUGAUCAAGCGAAAUGAGACAGAGAGUGAGUACGGACGGAGCGCUCCUGGCACCAAAGGCUCGGCCAGCUCAGAGCUCCACCUCAUGUUCUCUCUGAUGGACAAGGUGCCCAGUGGCAUCGAACCCAUGCUGAAGGACCUAGAGAACCACAUAAUGUCUGCUGGGCUGGCCGACAUGAUGGCCUCCGCCGAGACCAUCACCUCGGACUCUGAGAAGUAUGUGGAGCAGCUCCUCACCCUGUUCAACCGCUUCAGUAAACUGGUGAAGGAUGCCUUUCAGGACGACCCUCGCUUCCUCACAGCUAGGGACAAGGCUUACAAAGCAGUUGUGAACGAUGCUACCAUUUUUAAAUUGGAACUGCCGCUGAAGCAGAAAGGUCUGUCUGUCAGGGUGGGUCUGAAGACCCAGCCGGAGUCCAAGUGUCCAGAACUGCUGGCCAACUACUGUGACAUGCUGCUGAGGAAAACCCCGCUCAGCAAGAAACUCACCUCUGAGGAGAUCGAGGCCAAGCUCAAGGAAGUGUUGCUGGUGUUGAAGUACGUGCAGAACAAAGACGUGUUCAUGCGCUACCACAAAGCCCAUCUGACCCGACGCCUCAUCCUGGACAUCUCCGCCGACAGCGAAAUCGAGGAGAACAUGGUGGAGUGGCUCAGGGAGGUAGGCAUGCCUGCAGACUAUGUGAAUAAGCUGGCCCGGAUGUUCCAGGACAUCAAGGUGUCUGAGGAUCUCAACCAGAACUUCAAAGAGUGUCACAAACACAACAAGCUAGCCCUAUCAGGUACACCAGGUAGCUCGGACUCUGUCAACAUCAAGAUCCUGAAUGCCGGGGCGUGGUCUCGGAGCUCAGAGAAGGUGUUUGUGUCACUGCCCACCGAGCUGGAGGAUCUGAUCCCAGAGGUGGAGGACUUCUACAAAAAGAACCACAGCGGCAGGAAACUACACUGGCACCACCUCAUGUCCAAUGGCAUUAUCACCUUUAAGAACGAGGUGGGCCAGUACGACCUGGAGGUGACCACCUUCCAGCUGGCCGUGUUGUUUGCCUGGAACCAGAGGCCCCGGGAGAGGAUCAGCUUUGAGAACCUCAAGCUGGCCACGGAGCUGCCUGACGCCGAGCUCCGACGCACACUCUGGUCCCUGGUAGCGUUCCCCAAGCUAAAGCGGCAGGUGUUGUCCUACGACCCCGUGGUGGGCUCGCCCAAAGACUUUACAGAGGGCACACUUUUCUACGUCAACCAGGAGUUCUCACUAAUAAAAAACUCCAAGGUCCAAAAGAGGGGGAAGAUCAACCUGAUUGGCCGGCUUCAGCUCACCACAGAGCGAAUGAGGGAGGAGGAGAACGAGGGAAUUGUCCAGCUCAGGAUAUUGAGAACACAGGAGGCCAUCAUCCAGAUCAUGAAGAUGAGGAAGAGGAUCACCAAUGCCCAGCUGCAGACGGAGCUGGUUGAGAUCCUCAAAAACAUGUUCCUGCCCCAGAAGAAGAUGAUCAAGGAGCAGAUGGAGUGGCUCAUCGAGCACAAGUACAUCAAGCGCGACGAGACUGAUCUCAACACCUUCCUCUACAUGGCGUAGCAGUGUUGACGACGUUUAACAGUGGUGACGACGUGUAACGGUGGUGACUUUGGGAGUUCUUCAUCAGGCCUGAUGGACAAUAGAAUGUCUUCGGAGAAAGAAAAAAAAUUGGUUCAUGGGGGUUCAAGCCUGAUGGACAAUAGAAUAUUUCCAGGCUGACCUCCCUUUGAUAAACAAAUGAUCUGUUGCGUGGGGAAAUGCAGACUUGAUUUAUGACAGUGUUACAGAAAUGUAUAAAAGGAGGAGUUUGUGUGGGGAAAUUAAAGGGUAAGAAAGAAAAGGGGUUUGAGCUUCUCAGCGGGAGUCAACCCCCACCGAGUUUUCAGUUGUCGUUUUUGGCUAGAAGGCGUUUCCUCGUCUGUAGACGGGACAUGGUUGGUGGUUGUGAAAGGUCUCUGUUGCUAGGCGUCCUCCUCCCUGUCGACCAAUCACCACGCAGACCACACCCCCUCUCCCACCCUGUCCAUGAACACCCCACCACCAUUGGAGUGACAACGGUUGGUGUUGGGUAUCUCUAACGACAUGGCAAGAAAAAGGAAGAGCGUUAGAAGAAGCUCAGUUUCCCUCCAUAUCUACAGUCCAAGUUUUGAGCCAGGCCAACACUAUUCUCCGGACCUCUUCAACAGAACAAGCUGUGUCCCCAGGCAGCUGUCUGAGCCAAGCUGUCGGCCAUGUUUUUUGUGGCCACUGGUGGUGACAAACGAAGAACUAAACACAAUGACUCUCUCUGCUGUCACAUAUGUGUGACGCCGUUCUUGGACAUUCAUGGCUGGUUUCCCGGACCCAGACUAAGACUAGUCCUGGAUUUUUAAAAUCAUUCUCAAUGGAGUAUCUCCAUUGAAAGUGCACUUUAGUCCAGAACGAGGCUUAACUUGGGUCGAGGAAACCUUCUCAACAGUAUGUUAUAUUUCAGAAACUGUUUUCACAAAAGAGACGGACUGUGGACUAUUAGUUCCCAGUUCCAAAUCGACCCCAAGCAUCCUACCCCUGGGCACUUGUCUUGCAUAUUUUGACAGGAUCUGAUAAGUGGACACGAUAGGCUUGAUGGAGCUCUUUUCCUAUCAGAAGACAAGGUGGAGUAAUCACCAUAUUGGUGGUCGCUCAUAUUCAAUCUCUUCAGAUCUACAGGAAGGGUUUAAGCAUAGGUGUUAGGGGUCGGUUUAGAAUUGGGCCAAUGUCUCACUUUCCGUAUCUUUACCCCUCAUCUCUGCAGGCUGCCUGAGCUAAGCCCCUGGGGGAAGAGGGGUCGGGGUGUAUUAUUAUAUCGUAAAAACUAGCUCUGGUCCAGAGCAUUUAAGUACGGCUUGCUGAUGCUGAACUUGCUCGGCAUUAGCAAGUCACACGUAAACACCCUGGGCCAGAGCUAGGUAAUAGCCAGAACCAUAUAUAAAGAUGUGUGUAUAUAUAUAACCGUAUAUCUCUAUACAUGGCUCUGAUGGUAACUACUACAAUACAGAUCUAAAGGAGUGAAGAUGUUAAUAAUGAGAUGAGGAAAUAAACAGCACCUUAUUAUAAAACGUUGUAUGAACUUUGUCAUUCAACCCUGGGCUACUUCACAAGCAGGAUAAACCUUCAGAUAACUGUUCAUUUUCUGGCAUAUGCCAAUCGCUGUCCAUUCUUGCUGUGUGGCACUGACCUUCAUAAUUCUGAUUCCACAGCUGUCCACUUGAGUGGUGCUGAAUCUCUGAUUUGCGGAGGUUACAGCUGGUUUGUAAAGAAAGCUGAUGUUGAGUACUAGCACGGCAGGGUGGGUGAGAGAAUCAAGUAAAUUGUGCCAUGCUCAUUUCAAGUUUUUCUAUAUUUAGGCAUUUGGCAAAUGGAGUCCUUUGAAAAGAUUGAGGAAAGUUAUGGGUAACUCAUUUACCUUGCUUUUGUGAACUGAAAUACCCCCCUACUGCAGGUUCAAAUCUUAUGUGUGUGCAACAUGGUGUACCCUAAACCUGGACAAGAAUCCUACAGGUAACAUGACUAUAUAUGGUCGGGGAUACGUCCUAAUAAUCACUUUCCUUCUGAAGUGUGCACUAAUUCACUACUCCCCA